AUGGCGGUCCAGAGUUAUUCCCACCCCUCGUCUCCGAGUCCUAUUGCCCAGAGAUACUGCGCAGAGUAUCUGGACGAUCUGAUAGCCAAUUCCUGCGUACAGCCCUCUCUGUCGGGAUAUGACGGCUCUGUGGACUCGGUAUCACCUGUUCUGUCGGGCUCUCCAAUGGUUGUUCCAGAAGAUCCCCCACCUCCUUACGAGGACUGCGUAUCUUCCAGCCCGCCUGUUGCACAGGGCAAUGAGCUAGAACGGCACUCACCCCGCAGAGUACCAGCUGCCGACGAUAUAUCCGUCGAGGAGGAGCCUUCACGGCAUGUCGACUACCUAUCGCACAUGUGGAGUGAGGCAGAUGUCCGAGAAUCCUGGCGAUAUGUUGGCGCUCAUAGAGACAAAUAUGAGAAUAGUGCCAGACUACAAAAUGCUGCUUGGAGAGCAUGGGCCAAACUAAGAGACAACCUGGGUACUAUCUCCCCGGUUGACCUGAACUGUACCAGGAUGAAAGAUUCUGACGACACCUGGUUAUACGGGCCGCUCAAAGCCUCCCGUAUACAGAUAAAGCCGGUGAAAGUUUCACCCCCCGCAAGCUAUUGCCGGUUCCGAAAAGCUUGCCGUGAGCAUAAAUCGAUUCUGAAGAAGAGGACUGCGUCUGAAGCUAUUCUCCAGCGAUCUCCAUCUCCACGCCUGCGCGCAAAAUCAUCAGCGUCUGAACGUUCUCGCAACCCCUCAAGACGCCCUACUCAACAGCCGGAGUCUAGGCCAAUUAUACAAAAGCUGUAUGACCUGGUGAAACCUCCCCGCGGCAUUCAAUUGCGCAGUGGAAAGCGCCGAAUCCAUUUUAACAAGGAGGUCAUGCAAUGCAUCGCUAUAACACUGGACGAGGAAGGGAUGGAAAAGGAGUACGUGGAAUUUGGAGACGACCUAUCCUGGGAUAGGUCGUAUAUCGUGAAUCUGAGGCGGUCCUAUGGUGGGAAUCAAACAAUUGCUCCGCUGCCUCCAACUACGCUGAAAUAUCAUGGUGAUGUGCCUGAUUUGCAGCCGGCGAUUGCGCCUUGUUGGUCGUGGAAAAGACUUAAUGUUGACACUGGCAUUCUCCAGACCCAAUGGCAGCCUGGCACAUACCACAAACGCCACCAAUCCAAAAGCUCCCAUAUUCUGAAAGCUGGUGCGGACACUCGUAUCAAUACGGGGGCGUAUGAUGCAAACUGCACCUAUCUACUGAGUCCGCAGAGAGCAAAAGCCGGAUUACGAGCUGAUAUGCUUCGCACGCCAGAGAAUAAAGCACAAGGCUCGGAUGCGGGCAAGGCACCAAAACGCCGCGCGUUAAACUUACGACGUCUACGACUUGCCAAUUUACCUCGCCGGGCCUUGUUCGUGGAUAGUGCCUCUCCACGCCAGCGUGCAGUCCGCAAAAGAACUGAUUACAAGGACGGUGGUUUUGCUGCCAGAGUUGCAAGGAAACUCCGAUUUGAGACGACGACGCGAACGAGAGCCGCUGGCUGGAAGUCUUAUGUGCGAAAAGAGCGAGAAAUCACAAGGAGAGAACGAGUUGGAAGUGCUGCUCUACUGCUGGAACCAGUGGACUUUGGCUGCGAUACGGCGGAGGAUAGUAAUAGCGAAUUCUGGUUAUACGACAGGAUGAAUCACGUUACAGGGAUACACGCCUAG